CCAACUCAUGAUCUGCUUUGAUUGCACCAAAUGCAUGUACCCAUCGACCGGGUAGGAUUUGCAACCUCAUUCGCUAAUCUACCAAGUCCCUGUGCAAAUAUGAGCGGGAACGCAGCAGCGCCGCAGAAUCCCGCCGUCCUCAAAGAUCGCAAGGGUCUGGACCCAUGGCGAGGCACCAAACCCGCGGGCUUCAUCCUGCACCCGGAGCUCUUUAUGAAGGAAUGCGUCGGUCUGGACGUGUCCAUCCGCCUCAGGAACGGUGCCAAGUGGAAGGGCGUACUGCAAGAAGUUCGCGAUAACGGAGAUGUCGUCAUCAAACCGGCGCAGGAGCUGCUGUACGACGAGCUGGACGGACCGGAGCUGGCCGAGAAGCUGCUGGUUAAGAGCGAUAUCUUAUGGCUGCGUCGCCAUCUCAAGGACACGGACAAUGUGUCGAGCCAAGGAUCCAUGUUGGCCUUAAACCAGCCACAAGAGGAGCCAUUUGAGGCCCCAAGUCCAACCAAGAACAACCAACAGCCUUAAUAAAGCGAGGAAUGCUAAGUUGGUUAAUACAUAUGAAACGCAGAUACAUGCAGGCAGAUGCAG